CUUCCUUUUGAUAUCGCAGAAGUUUACUAGUGAGAGUAAGAACCUCAUUAAGCAGUUCAGAGAAAAUGGGUUGUCAGUUGCUGUUAAUAGUUGCAGUGCUCACUAUCAUAGCAUCUGGGGAGGGAAAGAUCAAUGUGGGCGAUGUAUGCAACCCCAACGAUCUGAAAGGUCUAACCAGUUUCAAGGCUGGAAUUCACAAUGACACGUCUGAGCGGUUAGCCAAAUGGGUUGGGCAAAGUUGUUGCGGCUGGGAAGGCAUUUCGUGCGAUAACACAACUGGCAGAGUGACAGAAAUCCGUCUCCCGGGAUUUAUCUCCACGGAUGAUUUUGUGUUUCAAUCGCAAAUGGAAGGAUUGCUGUCUCCUUCAAUAACAUUUCUCACCUCUCUUGAAGUCCUUGAUCUUGGUGGACUCAUUGGUCUUGCUGGAACAAUCCCAACUUCGAUUGGUUUUCGCCUUCAGAAACUCCGGAAACUGUAUCUUUAUGGCAACAAGCUAAGAGGCCCAGUACCGGAAAGCAUUGGGAAUCUAUUGAAACUUGAAGAACUUCAUUUGCACGAGAAUGGAUUAUCUGGGACUAUCCCGUCAAGUCUGGGCAAUCUCCAAAAUCUCAAUGAGCUGUUUCUGCAAUCAAAUCAAUUUACUGGUAAGAUACCGGAUUCGUUCAUUAACUUAACGAGUCUGGUACGUUUGGAUCUUCAUAGCAAUUAUUUGAAUGAUCACAUGCCACAAAAGAUUGGUGAAUUACAGGUACUGGAAGAACUUGAUUUCUCAAGCAAUCUCUUAAGAGGAAAAAUCCCAUCUUCCGUAACUAAUUUGACUGUCAUUUCAGUCCUAUACUUGGAUAAUAACUAUCUUGAGGGGGCAAUUCCAUUUCCAUCUAGUUAUGGCCAAAUGCAUUCCCUCAGCUUCUUAAGACUGAAUAAUAACCAUCUUACUGGAACGCUACCUCUAAAUUUCGGGUAUCUUACAUCCCUCCAGAGAGUCUCCCUGGCAAACAACAAGCUUCAGGGAGCGAUUCCUGCUAGUUUGGGUUCUCUACAAGAUUUGACAGAGUUAUAUCUUAACGGAAACCAGUUAUCCGGCUGGAUACCAAAAUCAAUUGGUAAACUCUCUAGCCUCUUGAUCUUUAGUGUUUCUCAUAAUUCGAUUAAAGGACCGUUGCCUGACCAGAUGUCCUCCCUCCAAAAUCUUCAAACGGUAGAUCUGUCAUUUAACCCUUUAAACCUGUCUUCGAUCCCAAGAUGGCUAGCAGAAUUGCCAUCUCUUUCGCGUAUAUUCUUGGCAGGAGUUGGAAUCGAAGGCGAAAUUCCACAGUUUUUGAGAACUACUCCAAGUCCAAUACAGGAACUGGACUUAUCAGUUAACCAUCUGACUGGAAGCAUACCAGCAUGGCUUGGAAGACUCACUCAGCUCUACUCUUUGAAUCUCUCAAGGAAUGCUCUUGUUUCAGAAAUCCCUCAGACAAUUACUAACUUACAGGAUUUGGGUGUGCUUGAUCUCCACUCAAAUAAGCUAAAGGGUCUAAUAAGUCGGGUUUUUGAGAUAGGGCAAAGGUUUUCUGGUGGUUCACUGACAUACGUAGAUCUUUCAGACAACAGCUUUUCAAGUGGAAUAGAGCUCAUGGGUGAAGGAGGACAAACUGGGAUUCAGUUUCUCAACUUAUCACAUAAUUUUCUCGAAGGCCGGUUACCCAAUUCAAUCGGGAGAUUGAAAUCAUUAAGAAGUCUAGAUCUGAGCUACAAUAAUUUAGGUUUUGUGUUGCCCAACACACUUGCAAAUGAAAGCUUGUUGGAGACACUGAAGCUGCAGAAAAACCAGUUUACUGGUAAAAUACCAAGCGAAUUUUUGAAUUUGAGGAAGUUGAAGGAUUUGGAUUUAUCAGACAAUCUUUUGGAGGGGGAGAUACCUGCUGGCAAUCCAUUGAGUAACUUUCCUGAGAGUUCCUUUUCUGGCAACAGAGGUUUAUGUGGCAAGCCUCUUACUCCCUGUAAAGCUCGCGUUUUGGUAAAAUCAACAAUCCCAGCAAAUUAAUGUAUUAACUUCUCAAGUUAUCUGAGUUAUA